GCCGCCACUCUGGAGUUGGCUGAGUUUGGGAGAGACUCCUUGCUCCCUCUGUUCUGAAAGAGCCUGGUCCUCUCUCUCCUGAGCCACAGGUCCCCCUAGGAACCCGCUUUUCAGGGCUCCUCUCUGGGCUGCACAGCAACCCUUCUCUCAUCUCUGGAGCAGAGACAGCAUGGGGCCACCCUUCCUGCUAUUACUGCUGCUGCUGACAUCUCUGAAGACUGGCAGCUCAGAAGACUGCAAAAAGCCUGGCUUUUUCAUUAAACAGCAACCUAAACUUUUGGCCCCCGAGGGGAAUGCCAUCAGCAUCCCUUUCUCCUUUGGCUACCCCUGGAAGUUAGCAACGGCCUCCAGGGUGCAUAUAGCCUGGAGAUGGAAGGAUUUUCAUGGAGACUACAUCUACAACACGAGCAGUAACUUCACUCACCAGGCUUUCAAGCACCGUCUCUUCCUGAACUUGUCCCAGUACGAUGGUUCCUUAAGGAUCGAGAACCUGCGGAAGAAGGAUGCCACCACCUACUUCUGCCGGGUGCAGGUGGACACAGAGAACUGUGGAAUGCAGGUGUGGGGGUCCACCUCAGGGACCAAACUCAAAAUCAUCCGAGCCAACAAGAUCCCCAUCACUCGGAGACCAACCACCAGCACAGCCAGCAUCACAAACAGCACCACAGUAAUCACCACAGUCACCAUGACAGCUGGCCUGGACAUCUCCCAGGGCAGUGGGUCUGGGCUCCUAAGUCUGGUAGCUGUGGUGGGAAUGGUCAUGGCCUGCGUAGUGCUCAUAACCACAAUUUUGGGACUGAUUUUCUACUUCAGGUGGAAAAGAAGCAAAGGUCUGAAGACUGAAGCCAGAAUCCCAGACAGGGAAUCCUUCCAAGCCCCUGAGGAGAAAGACAAGAACACUGGAAAUAAAGGACAACAUACAGACCUCAAGCUGGACCCCAAGGAUGAUGGCAUCACCUAUGCCUCCCUUGCUCUCUCCAGACUGAACUCACCGGUAGCCCCUCACUCCUACCCUCCCCAGGAGAGGCCCCAGGAAGAGACCCUGUACUCUGUCAUAAAGACCAAAUAGGACUGAGGUAGGGUACUGAGCGACCCUCCAGAGUGACUGACACAGGGCUGCAGCCCCAGCACUGACCUGCCACACACAGGACAUACAUGCCAGCAGCCACUGAGGCCACCAAGGACCCAGGAAAACUGCCGUCUGCUCCAGUGCCCUCUGCACCUGCUCCCUCUGCCCCCAAAAUAAAAGACCCACAGGAUCUGCUGAGUUGCCCAUCCAA